AUGGCAACUACCACUACUGCAAAUGACAACACAGACACUUCUAUACUUGCACAACACACGGAAACUACCACCAUUGCAAAUAACGACCCAAACAGUUCUCUAUUUACACAAGAAGUUGUGCAAGUUCAAAUUCCACCAGCGCCUUCUCCAAACCUACGAUUCGCCUCAUUACGACACUGGUUUUCGUAUAGUGAAAAAACAUCAGAAAUGGCCGAGGCUCGUCUCCUGGGAAGACUUCAGUUUUUCUCCAUGGAAGGACGCACAGUUGCAUCGCCUGAGCAAUCCAAGACAAUUGCUCGUGUAGGUCAAGUUGAUCUAGAUGGUGAUGGUAAACGCAAGAUUAAUACACUCGUUAUUGAUCAGAAGGGCAACGAUUUUGUCAUUGAAAAUGGCGUUGUGGGUGCCGAACUCGCAAAAGAUAACGACGGUUCUGGUUACUCGUCAUCUUCUUCAUCAAAAUCUCAAAUCGUGGAUGAAGCUCUUGGAUUCACUAGUAUACCACAAACCGAUUUGGAGGUUAAAUCACACACUGAUAAUAUAAGCGAAGACAAUCAAUCCUCGAAAAAUCUUAAACAUCUUGUAAUGUGUCACGGAUUUGGUGCUGGGUUAGGAUUCUUCUACAGAAAUUAUCAUGGUCUUAGUCAAGUACCUGGAUGGAGGAUUUAUAGUAUUGAUUGGUUAGGAAUGGGCCGAAGUUCUCGACCAAGAUUCAAUAUCAUUGCUAAUUCAUUAGAUGAAUCUGUUGAACAGGCGGAAAAUUUUUUCGUUGACUCGUUAGAGAAAUGGCGAGAGAUUCAUAAAAUUGAAAAGAUGACAUUACUAGGUCAUAGUCUCGGCGGAUAUUUUUCUGCUGUCUACGCGUUGAAAUAUCCGAAACGUGUCGAACGUUUGCUUCUGGUGUCGCCCGUCGGAAUUCCGAUAAAUCCUUAUAAAGAUAAGAAUUCGGAAAUAAAAACUCCUGGCGGUCGUCGGGUUCCCGGUUGGAUCGUGAGAUUAUGGAAUGCUAAUAUAACGCCUCAGUCGGUUCUCCGAUGGACGGGUCCAUUUGGACCAUCACUUGUCUCACGUUAUACAUCACAAAGAUUCGCGUAUCUAGAGGAACAAGACCGUAUUGAUUUGCAUGACUAUAUUUAUCAUAUUUCUUUAGCGCCUGGGAGUGGCGAAUAUGCUCUCUCAAAAAUCUUGGCGCCUGGUGCGUUCGCGCGAAAACCAUUAAUUCACCGAUUGAGUCAAUUAAAAAUGCCAACCACAUUUUUAUAUGGAGAAAAUGACUGGAUGGAUUAUCGCGCCGCCGAAGAAGCAGCAACCACUAUGAGCGUGCCAACAAAAGUAAUACGGAUUCCGAGAGCUGGACAUCAUCUAUAUUUAGAUAAUCCGCCGGAUUUCGAUAAGGCGGUCGUGGCAGAAAUGUUAGUUUGA